AUGUAUUUUAACGAUAUGGCCCUGGAGUUAAAGUUACACAGUCCUGCCGGAGCAGAGUCUAUUGUCUAUUCGUGGCCACUACAAAAAUCGGUGAGUUUCUCCGCUGGUAUUUGGUUAAGUUUGGAAUUUUGUGGCCAAGACAGCUUCUAACUUAGGCGCUGUUUGACAUAUUUAUCUAAACAUUCAUGCGAUGAUUUACUUUGUAGGACGGACGAGACGAGGCAGCAGAGAUUGUUGAAACUAUCAGGUAAACUUAAACAGCGUAGCAGAUUUACUCGUGGUGACAAGGCUUGGAAAAUUGUAGGGAACACGCUCUAAUUUAGUUAGGAGCAGGUAACUGUAGCUUCUAUCGACCGCUCUAACUCACGAAUUUACCUAUUUGUACCGUUUUCCUAGAUGGGUUUGUGCCGAUUUUCCAGAACUGAAACUCGCUGUCGAGCACUAUGUUCUUCGUGAGUUUGAUCCAACCAGGUAAUUGUAUUUAUUCUCUGUUGUUUACAAUUUACAAAUUGAGGUUUCGUGUUAAAUAAAAGUGAAACUAACAUUGCUCAUUAAUAUAACAGGUGGUAUUUGUCCAGUCCGAAAUCGUAGUCCUUGAUCAUUGACACAUUUUAUUUUGUACUUCAGCUACGAAAGCAUGUCCAAACUUUGUGAACGGUACAAUCGAGCGAUCGACGGAAUUUUACAAUUGGUGAGUACAGUGGCGUGUAUUUUCUGACACCACGAUGUGCUCUACGUUUCGACUAGGGCGAAUCAAAACGUUGUUGUUCUUAACUUAAGCAAGGGUCGAUUAGGAAUACGAAAGACAGGGUUGGUUUUUUUAUUUUUGUGAGACUAUUUUUAUCUGUAAGAUAAAGAAAGUUGGGCGAUUUUGAGGUUUUUGGGAGCCGUCUCAUUGGUAGUGAAAUGCCGUGCUUUGAGACAUGCCACCAUGUUUCGCAUACCGGAAGAGGGUAUAAACAACUCAAGGAGAUUAUAGUCGCACGUUGGUAGACAACGGAUGGGAACUCUUUUCCGGUCAUAAUUCUGUCUUUUUUGAGGUUAACCAGUAAAGAUCGAAAUAAUUUUGCAGAUGUUAAAAUGAACACCAUAUGGUUUUAUGCCCGUUUAACGGUAUGCAAGAAUAUUUAUAUCCUCUACGUAUACUAACAAACGUCUGAUUGAAUUGUAAUCAUUGCCAAAAUUUAAAGUUGAGAAAUUUUCCCAUAUCGUAUUAUUUUAGCAAAAGAAAUAACACCUUGCUCAGUUUUCGUAUUCUUUCUGCCUUCGAUGUACAUACUAUGUCACUUUAAAAAGUUGUGAUAAACUUCUCAGUUGGACUUACAUGAAAAUUUUUGCAUAACAUAUGCUUGCCUAAUACAAUUCCCUUCCUAGUGAAGGUCAAGUUCAGGAGUUAACACUUAAAGGCCUAAGAUCUGUUAACUUGCAGUUCUCCCUUCUAGUUACUGUACAUUUCUAGGUAAAUUAGUCAACAAAAUUAAGUUGAGAAGUUGAGAUGCUCAUGUAUCUGAUCUAUUUCUGAACAUCAACUUCUAGACAAUGUUGAUAUUGUUUGGAAAAGUGACAUGUUGAUCACUGUCUAAGAGUAAAAGGAUUACUGAUUAUUGGAUAUGAAAACAAUGAAAUUUUUUGGGCAAUCAUGUGUUUUUUUCCUUUUAUUAAAAAAAAAAAAAAAUGACCACAUGUACAGUUAAUAAAAGGCUAUUCAGCACUUUUGCUUAAUUGGAUUUGAUUUGCAUUAUCCUUUUAACCUUUUCCACAUUUCUUUGUGUAUUGUAUCUUUUCUGAGAAUUUGUUUUGAGGUCAUGAAAAAUCUGGGGUUAAGCAUCUUCCCAUAAAAAUGCAGAAUAAUCUCUAUUUUUCUUUCACCUUCUAUAGCUGUGACUACAGUAUCUGAACCUUCUAAUUUCUUCUGACAAUAUCACCCCUGAAUUAAACCUGAAGUUCAUGAGAAUAAAGGAAAUGAUCCCUUACUAAAGAAGCUCUUGAUUGUUAAACAAAUUCUCCUUAUUAGCACCAAGGAAGUGUAAGAAAAAUCAAAUCAGGUAUUGGCCAAUUUAAAAGUGAAAAUUUUGUUUGCAUUGGAAUGUUGGAUCAUGAGAUGUGUCAGGGUUGUCACCAUUGUGUACAUGAUCCUCACAGGACUCAUGAAUCAAAGAGCUUUUUGUUUCUUAAACAUAGUGAUUGCAAUUAGAGUCUAGUGGGAAAUUCAAAUGUUAAUGUUGCUUAUAUUUGUUUUCAGUUUUUGUGCACUCUGGUUUUUGCUUUGUGUUUGAACUAAUGAAUCUUUAUAAUAAAAGAAAUUUUCAUCAGUGCCAUGGCGACCUAUUUUGCUUGAGGAGACAUGCAUUAGCCCUUUUUAGCCUUACAUCAGAAUUCCUUUUUCCAGUAACCUUAUCUGUAAAUUUCUUGUCACUCACAAGGAUAAUUUAGUUAACCAUCAGUUGGAGAUCAUUUCCUUCAUUCUCAUGAUCUCAAUGAAUGAUAUAGCACUAUUACAAUAAAGAGAAAUUAGAUGUUGGUCACUCUUAGGGUUAGGGUUUAAUUUUCAGCAUUACUGUGCAGAGUGAACCUUUGGCAAUUUCAUCUUUGAAGUCAUUUUAAUCACACUUAUUAUUUUUCUAGUGGAAAGGUUGUGCCCCUCCAUCUUGUAUUAAUGUUCCACCUUCUCAAGAACUUCUACGUCACAUUAUACAGCAAGUGUACAGUCACUCUGUCAGAGACCCAGACAAGCUGAAUGAUUAUGAACCAUUUUCUCCUGAGGUAGGAUCACAAUAGCUAAUUGUCCUUAACCCUUUCACUCCCAAGAUCUCCUCAGUAAUUCUCCUUACUGUCUGCCAUACAAUUCAUGUGAUGUUAGUUUGGAGAAUUUGGAGUUGGAUCAACAAAUAAUCCCCUAAUUGAUAUUUUUCUUUCUUCUCAUUACUUGUCUGCUUGCUAUUGUACUGAUAGUGUAAGGAGAAAUUCUGUAUAGGUCACUAGUGGGACUUAAAGGGUUAAGAGCUUUAAACUUUACAUCCACUUUUAGACUGUAUCCAUACUAUGCUGGUUAUAUUUUUCACUUCACUCUGAGAAAUGGAUGGUACAUUCUCCAUUCACAAUACCACAAUCACCAUGUUCAAAGUGCUUAAAUACAUUAGUUGGCAUGCAGAUAUUUAAGGUGUAAUUAUUCUGCUAAAGGUGAUAUCUUUGUUUUAGAAAAGCUGCAUGAUCAAAAUGUUUGUGUCAAAUCAUGCACAUUAAAUUGAAUUUAUCAUAACCAUUUUGUGUUUACCCUUUUGUUGGUAAAUAAUUACCAGUGAUGAUAAUUCUUUUCUGGAUAGGUAUAUGGUGAAACAUCAUUUGAACUUGUGGCUCAGAUGAUAAAGGAAGUGCCCAUGAGUCCACAUGAUUUAUUCAUUGAUCUAGGAAGUGGUAAGUGAAACACAGUCAUUACUUCAAUUCAACUUUUUCUUUAUUAUGUCCUGUUACACAAUUAUUCUCUUUUAAAACUUAAUAAGCCCUUUACUCUAUUUAACAAUUAUUUGCCAAAGGUGAAGUGAAUAUCGGUGAAUAAUCCCUGAGACAAAGUUGAGGGGAUUAUUCAGCAAUGUUCACUGAGCCUGAGUCAGAUAAUUGUUUUUGCAUUAUUGCUCAGGUGCUUUUGAAAUCUGCUGUAAAUUUCGUUAAUUGUGGAGGAUUGCCUAUAUUUUGUUACAAUUGUGGUGAUUCUUAUAUCAAGAUAAGCAAGGAGUUUUAGCAGGUUUACUUGAUUCAAUCAGCAAAAACUUGAUAUCUUUCUUUUGGAAAGUGUUCUGCUAAACUAAGUAGCAUCUUUUGUACCCUUGGCAAUUGAAUUUCUUCUGUCAUGUGUAUCACUUUCUCUGAAACACUGACAAAAUACCAGGCAGCCAUUUUGAAAUUCAGCCCUCCUUACUACAUGUAAUAACCUUGUGCUAAGAGAUUAUAGCAUGACAAGAUGCAAUCCUUAUCCAAUCAGAGCACAUGUAUCUCUAUAAUCGCUGGUGCAAUUGCACUAAAACAUAAUGGGUAUUCAGCAGUCUGUUCUCCAUACAUUUUCUAUGAUUGCGGCAGUAAGAAUUUGUUCCAAAAUUAAGAGCUUAGCAUGUGAUAAUCUGUGUCUCUGAGGGAAGACUAAUAAGUUGAUAUCAGUACUUUUCAUUUGAUAUUUAGAAUGCAAUAAAAAUAACUCCGCAGUGGAGUGUUUCUUCAGUGCUAACAUUUACUUAUGAAACUGUGGGCAUAUUUUUCAGGUGUGGGUCAGGUCGUGUUACAAGUUGCAGCAUCAGGAAAUAUCAAGGAAUGUUAUGGUAUAGAAAAAGCAGACAUCCCUGCAAGAUAUGCAGAGGUGAGUGAUGUUUAUGAAAUCAGCUUGAAUCCUGUUGCAAAAGAGAAUCAAUUUAAAUGUGAUUCUAUUGACUUGAGAGGUUUUUUAAAAAAAGUCUUCCACAAAUAUUUUGUAAACAGGGUUUGCAUGUGUUAUAGGAAAUUUGAGUAGUUGUGGGUUGAUAAUCCUUUCAGUCUCGGUCAGCACUUGCAUGUCAGAAAUUUUCCUUUCCAUGUAAGUAUAUUGAAAAGUGGACAGAUAAUAAGAAUUGUCAAAAAUAUAUUGCUUUGUAGGAGGAAAAACACUUUACCCGUAGAUCCUGAGUGUCAAAGGGAAUGAAAAGUUUUUGAGAAGCUGAUGUUUUUUUUUUGUUGCAUGAUCUUUUUCAGGAAAUGGACAGGGAAUUCCGUAAAUGGAUGCGAUGGUUUGGGAAAACUUACAAACCUUACAAGGUGGGCUCUACUGUAGAAAAAUGCCAAUGAGUGACCAAGACAGAGUUUCUCCUUACUAUAUCUAUACAGUAUCAUGCAGACAAAUGAUGAGAAUAAAGAAAAAUAUCAAUUAUGGGAUUACUAAUUGAUCCGAUACCAAAUUCUUCAAACUAACAUAAUGAGAAUCAUUUGGCAGAUAGUAAGGAGAGUUACUCAUGGGAUCUUGGGAGUUAAAGGGUUAAGAAGCAUGUGAUUCCAAUCAUGAGACUAUUGCCUGAAACUUUGAGAUCUUGCAACAAAAAUGUCUCUUACUCUUAGAUGGUAAUAAAUGCACAAAAAAAUACAUUUAGGUCACUUAGAGAUUUUGAUUUUUGAGACUGAUUUUGGACAGUAGUUUGUGAGAUUUAUCUUAUUCUGAGCUGCAAUACGUGUAGCUAUGUGAAGACCAAGGGUGAAGUGGGUUUGGGUAACACAUGAAGAAAUCUAAGUUGAUACUUAAUUUAGAUCACAUACAGGGUAGCUUUUACUAAUCGUCUUUUGGUAAGUUAAUGGAAUGAAUGAUUUCCUUAUUGUAAUUUCUUUUGUAAAUAUGUGCACACAUUUGAAAUUUUUGUAACAAGUCUUUUUUUAUCAAUAGCUGGUAAAGGGUGAUUUCUUAGAAGAUAAAAUGAGAGAAAAGAUACAAUCUGCUGGGUGAGUAAUCCUGCUGUGAAGGAGUAAGAAAAACAAAAUUAUUCUUCAUCUCAAAUGCUAGAUAUGUGUAGGAAUAUUUUAAUGUUCUGCAAGUCAAUUCAGCCAGAGUGAAAGUACAAAACAAGUUAUUGAUAUCAUAGACCAGAGCAUAAAUUGUCUUUUCCAAUAUUCAUAUCAUUUGACUUUAGGAUUGUGUUUGUCAACAAUUUUGCCUUUGGACCAGAUGUUGAUCACAAAUUGAAGGAAAGAUUUGCCACAAUGCGAGAAGGUAUGGCCAGUAUAAAGAAAGAAUUUUAAGUUUAUAGUGUGCAUGUCUUAAGUGGGAAGAAGUUGAGCUCUGUAAAUUUUCACAAAAUGCUGCCAGAUAUUUUUUUUUGAUAGCUGAUUUUCCCUUUUUUUGUUGUUCUGUUUUGUUUGUUUGUUGUUUUCCUUCAAGUUUUUUUUUUGUAAUAUAGGGUUUGUGUGUUGCCUAAAACUGAGAACUUGUGUUAAUACACAAAGCUAAUCCUUACGUUUUAAUAUUAGUUCAGUAGGUACUAAUUAUUACUUUUUACCAGACUUAACAUUUUAUCAAAGGAGUAUGGUAUUAAUUUGUUACUCCUGAGUAGAGUUAAACAGGAGUGAUUCAAAGCAUCCUUUGCUGUUUCAGAAACCAUCUUUGAAAAUGAGGGGGGAGGGGAAGGGUGCUUAUUCAAGGGGGUACACAAACAAAAUUUUGGCCAUUUAGAGUGGUGGUGAAGUAGCAAGGGGUCUAUUCCAGAGAGGUAGCAAAUCCAACAAUUUACAUUAGUUUUUCAGUUUUGAAUACUUAGUCUUGCAUAUAACUAGUUGUCCACAAGAAGAAGAGUGUACAUUUUCCUUAGCUACACAUAACAAAAAUGUCCAUUUUAUGUUUUUUUCAUCAUUAUCCUACUAACUUUGAGUUGCUUUUUCUAACAGGUGCCAAGAUUAUUUCAUCCAAAGCAUUUUGUUCCCUCAAUUUCAGAACCACAUCACGUAAUUUAUCAGGUGAGUUGUGAAGCAAUCCAAAUUUUUCAUAUCAAAGUGGUUAUGCAAUUCAGGGAAAUGAAACAUCCAUUUUUCCCAAUGCUCUACUACUGAGCCACAGAGACUCUAUGGUGAGCAAGGCCCAUUACAAAGUUCAUGUAUGACACGUGCUCUGCAUACUGCUAGGAUCAGCAAUGUCAUUAGUGUCAUGUUUUGUAAACAGAAUAAGAAAGAUGGUAAGUUUUGAGCUUGACAAAGAUAUAGAGAAAGGUGUCUAUUCUUUGCAAUGGGCCUUGCUCACCCUAGAGUCUCUGUGGUACAGCAGUUGCAUUGGAGCAAGGAAUCCAAAGGUCUGAGGUUCAGUUCCUCAAGGGAACUCAGAAUUUUUUCUUUGUCCCAUGCUCGUGACUAGACCAAAAAUCAUCUUACUCUACUGUUAGUUUUCAUUUUUUUUUUGGUUUAUUUAUUUUAGAUAUUGGCACUAUACUGCGGGUGUCUGAACUCAAGCCAAAUGGCCGUGCAGUGUCUUGGACAGGAAAGCCUGUUUCCUAUUUUGUUCAUGUUAUUGAUAGGACCCUGGUGAGAAUGAGUUUACUUAAUAUAUGAUUUUCAUAUAUUUUACAGUCAUUUAUUCAUCACUUCAUGAGUUUAUUUGUAGCCAACAUAAUGACCAGCUCAGUUGGUAGAGUACUGCACUGGUAUUGUAGAGGUCAUAGGUUCAAAUCCUGUACAGGCCGGAAUUUUUUUUAGGCCUUAUUUUUACUACUGCUUUAGUAGUGUUUGUUACUGUAAAGAUCACUUCCAUAUUCAUGACUGAUAUAUUGUUGCACUAAUUUAAUACUGCCUUUGGAAAAUGGAGAGCACAGUCAGUCAGACCAUUAUAGACCUCAUCUCUUCCUUUCAAUCACUACUUCAUGUGCUUCUUUCAAUUUCGAACCCGAAAUUUAAUUCUCCUUCAAUCUGUGACUAUUUCUUUUAAAGAGCCAUUCAUGAGACUUUGUCUUUCAUUAAGAUACUGUCUUGAAUUUGUUAAUUUUCCUCACUCCUGGUAAUUGAGGGUUAAUGUUGCAUAUUAAUCUUUUUCCUUAGCUGGAGCAGUAUUUUGCGGACCUCAAAAGGCGAAAGGUGAGAUUUGUUUAAAUCUUCCCUUGCAUUUCCCAGAGGAACCAAGUCAAUUGUGAAUUUUUUCAAAAAGUCACAUCACUAGUACAUAAAUUUUGAAGGAGGGAGUGUGACUUUUAUCUUAAAUGGUUUGUGUGCCCAUCUUCAAAUUGAAAACUCUUCAAGUUUAGCUCCACCUAAGAGUGCAUAAAUGACUUUCAGCAAAAUUUUGGGGAGAUAUGACAAGUUGGGGCUCCUCUGUUUGCGAGAAGAAUUUAUCAUUUUCACUACUCAGGUUCCUUGGGUUAAAUGGAUUAUUAGUUUUGUUUGGGAUGGAGGAUAAAUAAUCUUGAUUUUGUUUUAUUGUAUAUGAUGAGGGCAUGAGGAAAAUUGCAGAGGUGGCCAAAAUCCAAUCUAAAUUUUUUUUGCUCUACAAAAGACUUGUUAAAUGUAAUUUAAAGAUGGAUUCAGAAAAAAAGUUCACUAAAAUCAUUUGAUUCUUCUCUUUGGAUAAUACAUACAAAAAGCAUUUCUUUUUGCUAACCAGCAAAUUAACAAAUCAACAGUGGCCACUGUCAGGACAAAUAUUGUUUUCAAUAAGGGUGCAGAUUGUGCUAAGUUACUGUAGAUUCGAUUCUUACCACAAUAUUGAUUUUUCAUUGCUUGACACUAGCAGCAUUGUCUCCACUUUCAUCAACAAUGGCAACUUGGACAAUCAGAUUGCAACAUUAUUGCCAAUUGUGGUAAAAUCUGGUUUAUAGAGUGGCAAAUGGUAAAAAAUCAAUGGCUAGCACUUUGCUAUAGCUCACAAGCCAUUUGACCUUUUUUGCAGGAGGGUAGAGACUUCAGUGAUGCCAGUAGCUUGAGUGACUCAAUGGCAAGCACUCCAAACUUUGAAGAACUGGAUGAUGUUCUGUUUGGUGUUUCAACCAGACACCAAUGGAAUCAGCUUAUCACCCAAAUUGAAGCUACCAACAAAGCAAACAAGGGCCACGGUCGAAAUUCAAGGAAAAGUCACAGCAAAAAGUGUGUGCUGCAGGAAAGGAAUGGCAGUAUGAAUCCUACAUGGCCAGAUCAAGAACAGAAAGAUGGCAGCAAAGUACUGUGUUUGUUUGUUUGUUUAUAUCUUUCUAGUUUGCUUUUUUGAUUGACUGAUGCGAUUCAUUCUAAAAUUCUCUUGCCUGACUCUCAUUUAUUUCUUCGUAAAUUAGUGAAGAGAAUUAAGCUAUUAGCCCUUUCACUCCCAAGAUCUUGUUGAGUAAUUCUCCUAGUUAUUUGUCACACAAUUCUUAUGAUGUUAGUGUGGAGAAUUUGGUAUUAGAUCAACUAAUAAACCCUUAAUUGAUAUUUCUCUUUAUUCUCCUCACUUGUCUGCUUGAUAUUGUAUCGAUAUUGUAUGGAGAAAUUCUGUCUUGGUCAUUCAUGGGAGUUGAAGGGUUAAGACAUUAACUAAGUAAUUAAUUGUGAUCAGAUUCCUUUAUGGAAAGGAAAAAACUCAGUGAAAUUGUCCUUGUUCUCAAGUUUUCUUUUGGUAACUCAGUUGCUUGUAGUAUCUAGGAAGUAGGGGUUUGGAUCCCAUUGAAGCCUGGAAUUUUUCAGGCUUAUUUCCUGAAAUGUUUUUCAAUUGCAGCUCACUUACAAGUAUCAUAUCCUCACUUUUAUUUCAUCUACAGCUCAAAAUAUAAUUUAUUUCAAUUCAUUAUGAGAAUAACGCUGAUGUGUUUGGCUCUUCUCAUCACCUUACUGCUUGAUGUUGUAUUGAUAUCGUAAGGAGAAAUUCCAUUCAUCUGUCAGUCACCUCUUGGAGUGAAAGGUUUAACCCUUUUUACCCAAACAUCAAUAUGCAUAUUCUCCAUACUGUUCUCUAUACAUUUCCUAAGGUGCUGACAAGGAGAAUUUGUUUGACAAUUAAGAGCUUCCUUAGUUGGCGAUCAUUUCCUGUAUUCUCAUGACCUUAAAGUGCGAUUCAGGGAUGAUAUUGUAAGGAGAAAUUGGAUGUUUGUCACUCUUAGGAUUUCAAGGGUGACGACUAUUUGUUUUUUUUUUUCCUAGGGACGUCAACCAACAUUUGCUCAGAAAGUUCGGAAGAAAUACCAAAGGCAACAAAACAAGAAAGCUCAGAAGCUAAAGAAGCGUCUUAAGAAUAGCAAGGGAAAGGGAAAGCAAAAGUCAAAACCGAAGAAAAACAGUUCCAUGACAAAGGUGAAGCUAAAAGAGAUGUCUAAAGCAAGUCAAAAAAGGCAAAGGGAUAACCUGGCUGUAACAGCUUUGGAAAAUGCCACAGUAGCUGCUCUGCAGGUAAACACGUUUAUAUACGCGUUUUGACGUCCUUCUAAAGAAAUACUAAUUCGUUUCUUUUUCCCCUUCGAAAAUAGGGAGAGAUGUGUCAGGGCGGCAGGGUAGACAUGUGAUCAGAAAACUCAUAUGGUUUUAAAACACCGUGACUAAUUGGCUUCUGUUGUCGUUUAUAACCCCUGUAGGGCAACUCAGCUCCGAAGGCUUGGAAAUACGCCCCCUAGCUAUUACAACGUUCGCACAUGCUCUUACACUGUAUGUCAGGGUGAUUUAGUAUUAUCAACUGAUUGAUAACGUAAAUUGGCCACUGUUAAGAGUUUCAAAGCUGACGUUUUAAGCGUUAGCCCUUAAUCAUUUGCUCUAACGAGGGGCUAACGCUCGUGAGCUUUGAAACCCUUUAAGGUGGCCAUUUUACGUUAUCAACUCAGUUGAUAAUACUAAAUUACCCUGUUAUACUCUCCUACCGAUGCAGCACCACAGAUUCGUUAGAAACUUACCCCCUUUAUUCACUGUAUGUUUGACUGCUUGUUUACCGUAAGUUGACUGUGAGCAGGCUGCAACAGUGGGAGGCAAGGACAGUCACUGCUGUACCAUCUUAAAUCCUUGGGAUGGCACGUUAAAACUGUUGAUUUUGUAGAGACGUUGCAGAUCCAACUUGAACAUUUUUUUUUAAUGACCAGAAUCUUCAAAGAAAGAGAGGGCAAAAGCAGGGAAUGAGAAUUUCAUCAGCGUCGCCGCCACCCAUGUCACAUAAUUUCAGCAUAGAACAGUGCCUCCCAGCUUUGGAGCAACUUAUGGGUGAGUCAGCAGGCACAAGGAGCAAGAGGCCUGGGCCGAGUUAUUUUGUUUGCAGUGUUGUUGUUGUUGUCUUUGUUUCAUACAUAGUUACCGAGUUCAGAUUUAAAUUGACUGUGACAAAAGCCAUGCCUAUGUUUGUUUUGCUCGUGUAGUAGGUAGUUAGGUCCAAUCAAAGUUCAAAGUAUAUGCAUGCAAGUGGCCAGAAGAGCAGGGAAACAUUAUUAACAAUUGGCACAGUUGGGUAGAUCCACAUCUAUCACGAUGUUGCAGAAAACAGAAGAAAGACGAGAAAAGAAAACUUUACAAAAAAUAUUAGGGAAUUACUCGCUUUGGACUAGUGGGGCAAUGUGGGGAAGGUACUUACUGAUACCCAUAAUUCUUCACGCCGUUCAUUCUCUUAUAAGCUACAGAAGCUAUAUAAGGCAGUCUGUAUGCAAACGUUAACUGCGACACUCAAAUUUGUGUAAGACCUUGUCAGAUAUUAUCCUGUUGUCCUUUCUCCAGCUGUCACUCGUUACCAGUUCCUUCAUUUCAUGUGCCACAUGAAUACCUCUGAAUACAAGGAAAAUCUCAAGAGGCAAAUUGAAGAACAGAAGGUAGGUCUACUUUGAAAAUGUUAACUUGUCGGAAAAGUUGCCGUACAUCAGUUAGCAAACUUAAGAGUGAAGUAUCACUUCGUUUGGUGAGGGAGACAUAAAAAACCAUGAUUAUUUUUACCUUAGGGCAUUUCUCCACCCAGGCGUGUUAUAAUUGAGUGAUGUUGAUUAUCACAGUUGCUUUGCAAUAAUUUUUAACGAAUUUGGUAGUGAGUAGUACCGAGUGUUUCAUCAAAAGCUGGUUGCUGGCGGUCUAUCGCCGCCUGUGAGACCCCUCACCGCCGUCUGUUUAACCCUUUAAACCCUAAGAGUGACCAGCAUCUAGUUUCUCCUGACAAUAAUACAGCUGAAUCAUUCAUUUAAGAUCAUGAGAAUAAAGGAAAUGAUCACCAACUAAAGUGGCUCUUGAUUGUUAAACAAAUUUUCCUUGUCAGCAUCUUAGGAAAUGUAUAGAGAACAGUAUGGAGAAUAGACAUACUGAUUUUAGGGUGUAAAGGGUUAACAUGCGGGCAAGCUCUUGUGUUUGGGUUUCGCUUGACGACACAGCCGCUUAUUGAACCAUCGGCAGUCGCUUAUGGAAAAAGCCAUUGAAACCCCUGGGAACUACAGGUUAAGUCGAUGGAGUGUUCAAGCUGCUCUAGCGGUUCUUUGGACCACGUUUUAUUUAGAACAGAAGGGAAGCACAAGAUGAUGUGUUUUCUUAGCUAGUAGACACAAACGUUCAGUUGAAAACCGCAUUGUAUAGAGUGAAAUUGUUUUUUUUUUCUUUAGGCAAAGAAGAAAGAAUUGAUGGGAAAGGUUUCUUUAGCCGAGAAACAUGUGGAAAUACUGCAAAAGGAAGCGCUGGGAAAUCUCCGGUCACGAAUGGAUGAGGUAAGUGGUCUGUGACUUCCAUCUUAGUUACUGGUACACCAGUGUCGAUUACAACUGUGACUCUACAACGUAGUGUCUGUGAUUUUCUCAUGUCAUGACUCCUAGCCGUUAAAUUUUCGAGUUCGAGCUAGAACCUACCACGGUCGAACCUGAAUUAGGCGGUCACCUACCGGAAAUGGCGCUAAAUACAGACUUUGACCGCUUUUCACAAUAAAUAACGCCACUUUAUACCAUAAUCGAUCACGCAAUGAACAGAAUCUCGCUCGAAAAUACUGUCAACUGUAAUUUUCGGGGGAGAAACAAGGAUUUAAAAUUACUUGAAAGAUUACCAUCAGUUUAUUUGAGUGGUUCCGCUUUCAAUGACCGUUGAAUAUAGGUAGAAGACAAUAAAAACAGGCCGUUGGGCCUUAAUAAAGGGUGACCGCGACCGCGACCGCUUAAUAGAGGUCAAAAUUACGAUGAUUAAGGGGAAACAAUUCGGGACGUUGACAACUGUCCGCUUAAUACAGGGUGACCGUUUGAUACGAUGCCGCUCAAUACAGGCUCGACUGUAAAAACGCUAUGACGCUUUGUAAAGAGGGACUUGGCAAGAUUAACUGAAAAUCAGAUUUUUUCUCUGUUUCGGUGAAACUUUAAUUUAGUUUAGAGCAGUUUUCAAUUGAGUGUUGAAAAGCCGAAACCAAAGUAAUCUCAGCGACCAAUCAGAUCAAAGGUUCACAUCAUCAUUAGCCAAUGAGAACUCAAAAUGAAAACAUGCAAACUGCUUGAAGCGCGGGAAAACGAUUGGGGCGAUUGUUUUUAAUCUUGCAUCUGAUUGGCUGCGAGGAUGACGCGAGUACUUUGAAGAAAUCGAAUAGCAAGGUUAAGUAAACCAAAAGCAAUACCUGUUUACUUUUGAUAUCCUCAACUACUCCUAUUUGCAAUCCGUAUUAAUCCUCUCCAUUCUUAACCAUCGUAGUUUGAUUUUGUUGGUUUUGUCUCUUUUGCUGACUUCUUUUAUGUUUGCCUACCCUAAACCCUAACAGUUUAUUUCAAUUUAAUGACGGUUUUCUAUGACACAGAAAAAUCACUGAAACUUUAUUGACGUGGCUUCUUUCAAGUGACCUAGAUCGAAAGACGAUCACUUGAAUACUCAGAUUUAUAAAACACUGAUAAUAGAUAUUAUAAUAUAUUUUUUUUAAGAUUGGUUUGACCGCGAAGACGCCUCGGGAGUUACUUAUGAAAGCAGGCGAGCUGUUGGGCGAACACAAGAAGAUAAAGGAUAGAGUGAAACGGCUGGAAAAAGAAGUCAAACAUCUUGAGAAACACAAGAAUUAUCACUCACCUGUAAGUGUGUGUCGCUACCUCUUGUAAAAUGAAUAUCUUGACGGUGUUAGUGCAUGGCUCAGGAUCGCUUGUGAGGAGACAGUUUUCUCAGAGCCCACAGUACCAUGCAAGACUAAAUCAGGGCACCUUAACGAUCAUUCGCCACCUGCCAGAUGGGGUUGAUGCUGAAUAGGUCGCCACAUCAUCACUAAGUGAACUUUACUUUCUUUUGAGGUUUCAACCCUAAGCCAGUUUCAAUUUUGCGUCAAAUACUCUAUCAAUUAGGUUACAAAGUCAGCGGGUCAGGUCGUAUGUUAGAUUUUUAUAGUGACAGGCGUAUCCCAUUCUGCUGGGAUCAGCACUUUCAAGGGCGUUCGGUGUGGAGAGCAAGAACCAUGAUCAAUUUAAAGGUCUUUCAUCGAAUAAUCAAAUAAUGAAGUAUAUUUAUGUAAGUAGUGUAGGUAUAUUUCGGCAUAAGGUCAUUUCUUUGUCCAGUUAAACAUAUUCAUGAUUUAUAAUUAUCCUCUUUAACAGGGUGACAAAAACUCCACGAAGGAUGGGAAACUUACCAAUGGUGACUUGGACAUGGUACAAAAACCGGUAUGUUUAAGGAAAUUUGCUGAAUUUUAUGAAGGAUAAUUUAAGGGCAAGGAAGAGAUACUUCUUAUUGAUGAAGAUUAAAGUUAUAAUAACCAAGGGGCAGAACGGACCAUUUAAUUUAUUGAGGGCGCGAUGGAGUUGACGUCCCAUUUACAAGUAGCAUUGGUUGGUAGAAACCGGAGUGAGACUUACCUAGGGGUAAUCAUUUGAAAAAAAAUCCAUGCCUUUUUAUGGCUGUUAAAUUAGUGACAUUGUCAAUCGUGCUUUAGUAGUUCGGGCCAGGGGCCCUUUUCUCGAAGGCCCUUGUGACUAAACUGAUCCGUAAAGCUGUUUUAUUUUCAUUAAAGAUUUCCAGGGUUUCCAAAGUUUUAAAGAAUUAUACAAUAACACUAUCAGCUGAAGAAACACAAUGGACUGGUCAGAGUGCUACUAUCUGCUUCUCUUUUCUUUUUCUUUUUAUUAUUAUUUUAAAAUAUGGCUUCAGGCCCUUCAGGCCGCUAAGAAUGGCAAUCAGUUUUUUCCGUCUCCUUGGAACUGACAAAGCGUUAUUUUUUCAUCUAAGGGUGAAACACAAGUUAAAGACAAACAGAGCUUGAUGACCCACCUCUACGAAGAGUGGAGGAAGCGAAAGGCUUUGGUUGAAAAGGUCAACAGACUGGAGAGCGAAGUCGAACAGCUGGACUCCAAGAAAAAGGUCUGGGAGACGGCCAGCGUCUCAUCUUCAAAAAAUUUACCCUCGCCAGUCAACGUUGCGACGUAUGCAAAACCUGUCACACAAACUGUUCAGCCAAUUACAACCCCGUUUUCUUCCAACUCAAGCGCUCACUUGACCAAUUCUCAAAUCUCUGCGGGCUCACUAGCAUCUAGCGUAAUUUCCUCAUCAAGUUUGGUUUCCAAACCUACAGUUGCCAUGCCUGUUCCAUCCGGGACAUUUCCUAGGUCCCAGGCGUCACACGGCACUGCACAACCUCAAAUUGUCAACGCAUAUCACCAAUGCUUGUUGCAGCCUGUAGGUCUACCAGUUCAGAUGGUUUCUUUUAUAGAUAAAACUGGUAGACUGAUAACAACUGCUCCUAACACAAAGAAGACGACUCCAAAGGGGAACAACGCCAAAAAGAAGUCCAAAGCGACCAGUCCAAAAAAAUCGGAACUCAACGUGACGCUUCCGUCUUCAACAACAUUUUCGAGCCAUCAGGUUGUGAAUACAGUUGUUUCUUCGUCAACUCCAACGGGAUCACUGAAAAAGUCGCCAACGGUAUCUCGCCCCGCACAGCCUCUUGUCACCUCUCCAGUGACGCCAGUCAAUUACUCAGGUCUUCCCAGAAGUGCGAUACUCUCGCCUGUACCUUUGGUGACAUCGCCUGUGACACCCACACCAGUCAGGCAAGCGACUCCCAUUACGUCUCUAUCAGCGUCUGGCAGCGGAGUUCCUGCAAUGGUUUCGUUUUCCCAGAAUAGUCUCACGUUUAUAUCUCCGUUGAGUCCUAUGUCCAUUGCCUCAUCUCGUCAACCAACAUCAACUGCGACACCCCUUAGCUCCCUCUCGGCUUCCACGCAAAAAUACUUGAACACGUUCGCGACUCAAGUGGCUGCAACAUCUAGGCCAUCCUUGCCAAACCCAUCACAAAUGAACCCACCCGUUUCUGUCAGUCAGUCGCCUAUUAUUGGCAGAUCAUUUCCAAACACGGACCUUUCAACCGACCACAGUGCUGGUAUAAAGCUUCUCUGCGACCUGCUGAAUGAUACUCUUCCUGAACAGCCACCACCUGUUUCGACAACCUCAGCAAUGCGAUCUCAAGGAACACCUUCCUCGCAUGCUUCAGUUUCUUCAACUCCAGACACCUCAAGGGUCGAUGAAAGGAGUCCCGUCAACACCUCACCAACUACUCCCAGCAAGACCGUUGCUAAGUCCCCUAGGACUCCUUCCGUAGUAAACGUUUUAGUAAACUCGUUCCCAGGUGGGGUGUUGUCCUCAGCGGAACAGGCAAGCUCUGUUCGACGAACUCCAACACGCAGUGCAACCCCGCCGACAAGUAAGAAGCGAACUUCUCCUUUUACAAUUGAUAGCAUUGUUAGCUCAAGCCCAGAGUCACAAACAGGAAUUAAAAGCAGGAGUCCACCAGAGGCAGAAGUGACAACCAAUCGGAGUAGCCCUAAAGGUGGAAACAAGUCUCCCUCCACAAAUUUCAGUAUUGCCCAUAUAACUCGUGACAUGAACUCAUCAAACUUAACAAGUAAAUCCCGUGCGCCUUUCGUAACAAGCCCUGGUACUUACUCUCUUCCGCCGUCAGUUUCCUCUACUGAUGGAAAACAGAGCCAGCGACGAAAAUCUUCACCCUCUUCGAGUUUGUCACCUCUGGAGCAGAGUUCUCGUGUGGAAUCUAGUGGCGUGAUCUCCUCAAACACUGCCCAGAGGGGACUUACCCCUGUUCCUCUCAUUACGGGACCUAAUGAUGUACGUAAGGAUGGACACCCUACCGAAUUGCCAUCACAAACGCAAGGAAAACAUUCGUCAAUGACCCCAGAGUCGAUCGCGGUCUCAGACGGCGUGUCCAGAAAAGCAGGUGCACGCAAAGACAGCCCAACCAAUGCUACCAAAGGGGGUCCUGUGAACCUCAAAGAAACCAUCCUCCCUACUGGGUCUAAAGCAACAUCCCGUGGUUCUGUGGCGUCCAAGGGUGAAAGCGUGUCUAAUGAAGUUUCCUCUUCAGUGUCGUCAAGCGUCAGCCCAGAACGCGAACGUGAAGCAUUCUCGACUGAAAAUCAAGACACUGUAAUCAUCCCUGACAUUCCCCUCGAUAUGAUUCCUCUCCCUAGCGGAAAGAGACCUAGUCCUAAGAAGGAAACGAGCUCCACCUCUUUGUCCAGUAGGAAGCGUUGUUCUCCCGUGCCUCCGGUACCGAAGUCCGCGAGCCCCGACACAGAAGUCAGCAGCCUUAUGGCGCAUGAAUCUCUACCCCAGUCUCCUUCAAUUUCAUCGUCUGUUUCUAAGGCGGGGUCGGCGGUGUUGGAUGGACAAGCGCCUGUGUUAGUAGACAGCAAUCCCUGUUCUGCUCGCAGCCCAAUCCCAGUAGCACCGUCUCUGAUGAUGCAGUCUCCUCUGGGAGUGUCGCUGCCGUCAUUUGGAAGCGUGUUUUCCCUUACAAAAGAAGAUGAAGCCACGAGGGCAGCGGAAUUCACUGAUAAAAACAGGUAAAAGCAAGGAAUAGAAUGUUUAAAACCGAACAGUUUAGUAUGACUUCAGUAAGCUCAACUAAAUUUUCAGAGCUUUAGGAUGCACAGUCUUAAAUUGGGUCAAAAACGUUGGUAAAUCAAAUUUGGAGAAUAAUGAAUUAUUUUAAGGAGUUAAUUUAUUCAGCUUAUGUUUACACGCGUUUGGCUCUUGGCAGAUGAAAAGGGGGAAGACAUGCAUUAAAUGAUAUCAUUUCUCGUUUUGUUCGUCAGUUCUCAAGUGUCCAAGAAGCCUGACCAAUCGGCUGACCAGCUUUCAGAACCUCCCAAAAAGAAACGCAAACGCAAAGAAAAGAAAGGUCAGAACAAGGCAAAAGGGGCUUUGAGUUUACUCGUUCAGUAUGACAGCGACAGCACAAGCUCUGGUGGAACACACACUGAAAGUGAUGACAACUCCGCGCACAGCAGUAGCCCAGUCAGCGGUACACUAAGUCCUGUUGUCGCAGAAACGAGUACAGAGUCCUCUCGAAACCAGUCUACUCGCGCUUUACCGGAGCAAAGUCAAGAAAUAUCAGCGAAUAGCGUUUCGCAAAUCAACGGGCCUGCAUCAAAGAGCAGUGAAGUGAGUGUCAGCAACAACAAACGCUCCAGCAAUGGAAAGAGUCCAGUGGAGAAGAAGAAGUCGAAAGGUGGAUGUAACCCACGGAGUGAAGUUCGUCCCCCUCUAGUCAAUCUCCAUGACACAGUAAGCACAAUGCAGCAAUUGAAAGGUGUUCCACCCAGCCCACAAUUGCCUCCAACUCCUUCUCAUUACCAGGCUUAUGGGAGCCAGUACUCGCCGCAAGGAAUGUCGGGCUAUGCUCUUCCUAGUUUCUCUCUUCCACCAGGUUCAUUUAAUUUUCCCCAAAGUCACUCACAGUACCCGGCGACCAUUCCGCAGUACUACGCUGGGGAAGCGCACCGUGUUCCCUCCGGAUACAGCACGGCACCAGGGGGAUUAUUCCCUCAGUGGCGGACCAGUUUCACCCCAAUGCAGUGUCAGAAUCCGCUGCCUCCGUCGUUCAAUUAUCCCAGUAACGGAAAUAAUGGAAGUAAUGUCUAUAGAUAGAAAAUUACUACUAGUACAUCAGGAUUUGAUUAUUUAUACUGCAUAUGUAUGUAUAAAUUUAUGAUAGUAUGGAAUUGUUAUUGUCAACAUUUAUCUAUUUAUCACAGUGGGAAUUGAUUUCUCAGCGGAUAUGUCUGGGGAAAACAGUUUUUUGUGUAUUGGGGAUAAAAAGUUGUUCAAAUUUUUAUACAUUAGGGUUGGACUUUUUAAGGUUUUAACGAAACUACAGGCGCACUUGUUGUUUCGAAAUAUCAUACAUAUUUUCCGUUCUUUUCGUCCGUUUUAUCUCAUUUUAAGAACUGUUUACAUGGUUAGGAUUUCUCAGCGUAACAUGGAUUUAUCUGCAUGGAAUUUAUCUGAGCCUGGCUUUAACUGAAGUAUUGUUGCUAAGAAACAAUGGCUUAUCAUGAGCAAGUUCACGUGACAUCGCGUGAAGUUCUCGUGUUCACUCGUGUGAUUUCUUAUUCGACAUUAGCAAUCAAAUAGCAGCUGGGUUAGCUAACUUAGGGUAAUGUACUCUUCGGAUACUUUGCGGUCGCAAAGGGAGGGUAAGGCUCCAAUCUUCGCAAAUAGUAUGCUCUGAUUUGCAUCUUUAAUUAACAUGUUUUGUGCAUCAAUUCUCUCUUGAGACUAUUUAUGCCUGAUUAUCUUUGCUGGUCAGCGGGCAUUUUUU